UAACUAAUACAUUAAGAUGAGGUUUUAUAUAUAUAAAAAAAAGUUUAAGGUAGUGUUACGUUAAGUGCUAGUGCUUAAUUAGUGUUUAAUGAUACGAUGAUGGGUGUAAAGAGCCUGCCAAUACCAUCAUGGGUGCUGUAGAAACUUUAAGAUUGGCAAUUUCCAAGCAAUCAUUGACUAAUAGUUUAAGGUAGUGUGUUAUAAAAUAAAUUAAAAAGUAGUUUAAGGUAGUGUGUUAAUAAGUGCCAGAGCUUUGUGUUAUUUGGAGUGUUCCUCCCACUCUUGAUUUCUUAUUAAUAAUAUCUUCCAAAUAUCUCAUUGUGCUUCCACUCUGCAUUCACAACUGAGUACUGUAAAGCAUGAUUGUCGUGUCAGUGUCAUGUUGUCCGGUUGAAUCAGAUUCUACUGAUACUAGUAAUAAUAUCUGGUGGAAUACCAUCGGUAGGAUGCUCCGAUGAACAACGUUGAAAACUGGAAUUCCAAUAUAAAGACAACAAUGUCGGUUUGAUCCUAUCCGUUUUACCAAGCGAUGACAACAAUGCCUUAAGCAAUGACAGCCUAAGACUAAUAUGCUUGUCAGUUUUACGUAUUUUCUCGUACAUGUUACGUUGAUUAAUUUUCGAAAAAUUAAAACUUCCCCCUUUAAAUUACGGUAUCAUUUUAAAUUAUACCAUAACAUAAAAUAUUAAAUUCAAUUUGACUAGACUAGAAUGCAUUAAUUUGGUUAGUUUCUCAUUAGUUAUGAGGAAAUUAGUGAUGUAUUGUAAAGUAAGAGAAAGGGUUUCCAUCGAGAUUGUUGAGUGCCCAGAAGAAACAAACGAAAUGUCAAAUUCAGAUACCAACUACGUACCACCUGAAUACAUAAAUGUGCAAAUAGUUCCCUGAAAAAGCAAAGAUAAGAUGAUAAGGCUUAGAUCAAAAUAAUAAUAAUUAGAUAAAUGAGCAAGUAGUUCCCAGAAACCAAAGAUGGGCCAAUAACGCACUUAGUAUUUCGUAUAUUAUAAACCAAUAAGUGAUGGUGAAAGGUACAUGACAUCUAAGAAAACAACCGAAAUCUAGCAAAGAUUCUUAAAAAAAACAAAAAACAAAAUCUAGCAAAGAUUCAUGGCGAUUUCAUCUUAUCAAUUAUCUCGACAAUCUUUCUUUAUGAAGAUGACAUCAAUCCAUUUAUUAACAAACCAAAUAGGUUAGAAAACAUUACAUGUAUAGGCCAACAACUAUUCUCAUAAUCCGUAUAAUUCCAACGAAUACUCUUAGGGAUUUCGUGUCGUAGUUUCGGCUUAAUAUUAAAUUAGGCGAUUUUGAGGAGAUGUAAACCAUCGGAUCGUGUAAAAUUUAUUUUUAGCCGUUGAUCAUAAGAAAUAGAAAACGAUAAAAUAAAAAGAACAUAAUAUGGUUUGAAUACACUCGGUUUUGUCAUGUACACUACAUAAAAAACCCUUUGUAACGAUAUUUUUACCACGACAGUUUCAAAAAAUAUCUUUCUAGUAUAAAAGAUAAAUAGUUGUGCCGUCAUUUAUGUUUCACAUUGACCCCGUCGAAAAUGUGGCCGGGUGAGCAAGUGGUCUUUGGCCAGAGCCAAGUGGGUGAUAAUUAAUAUAACACUAUAUAUAGAGCAUCCGAUGUUUCCUUUUCCUUUCCAUAAAUAAAAUACAGCUGAUCGAGAAGUUCGGUUUCACCCAAACAAGACGAAAACUGCCAACGAAUCGAUCGAUAUGGCUUCCUCCAGCACAAGUGCCACAGCAGCAGCAGCUGCUCAAGAGCGGCGGACUGUAGAUUUCCACUCAACCGUGUGGGGCGACUUCUUUCUUACUCAUGUCUUCGCCAACCAAGAGACUGUAGACGGCUGGAACGUGGGGAUCGAAGCGCUGAAGGAGAACGUGAAGGCGAUGCUGCUGUCAGCUGCUCCUCCGACGACGACGUCGGAAAAGCUGAAACUGAUCGACGUGGUGGAGAGGCUCGGCAUCGGUUACCAUUUCGAAGAAGAGAUCGAAGAGCAACUCCGACAGAUCUAUCAGGGGAAUCAUCAUCCAAAUAAUAACAUUGACAAUGACGACGACGACCUCUUCACCGUCGCACUGCACUUCAGACUGCUCAGGCAACAUGGCUACAAUGUGCCUAGUGACAUAUUCAAGAGGUUCGAAAACGAAGAAGAAGGAAGCUUCAGGGAGGAGUUGCGAAGCGACGUCGAAGGUAUGAUGAGUCUGUACGAAGCUGCACAUCUCCGCAUGCAUGGGGAGACGAUACUAGACGAAGCCAUCGAGUUCGCGAGAGCUCGACUGACAAACUACACUACCGAGCAAUCGUCCCAAGGGCAGCUGGUUGAUGAUGAUGAUGAUGAUCAACGGCGUAAGUUGGUGGCGAAACGGGUUGCUCGUACGUUGAAGAGGCCACUCCGUAAAGGCGCGGAGAGGCACGAGCAGCUCUUCUUCAUCCCUGUGUACGAGCAGAUGGAAGGUCACCAUCCCAUUCUCCUGAAGCUGGCUAAGUUGAGCUGGAAUUUCCUGCAACACUUGUACCAGCAAGAGCUCAGGAGCAUCACACAGUGGUGGAUCGACUUGGACUUUGCGACAAAGUUGUCUUUCGCACGAGACAGGUUGAUCGAGGUGUACUUUUGGGGAGUGGGAGCCCUGUGGGAGCCCAAAUAUGCUGUGGCUAGGCGCUUUCUGACGAAAAUUACCACGCUCGUGUCCAUAAACGAUGAUAUCUACGACGUUUACGGUACGAUCGACGAACUCGAGCUGUUUACUGCUGCCGUUGAGAGGUGGGACACCAGCAUGAAGGAUCUCCCGGAGUACAUUAGAUUGUUUUACGGGGCACUUAUUGGCCUCAUGGACGAAAUAGACACAGUUACUACCAGAGAAGGAAGGCCCUACUGUUUGGACUACGGAAAGCAAGCGGAGAAGAAUCAAAUGAGAGCAUACAUGGCAGAAGCGAGAUGGUUUGCGGAAGGGAAAGUGCCGACGAUAGAAGAAUACCGGCGCCUGGGGAUCUACUCUUGUACUUACCCUUUGUUGUCCUACUCAGCCCUAGCCGGCAUGGGUGACAAGGGACCAAAGGAGGCAUUCGAUUGGCUGCUCGCCGAUCCCAAGAUCCUCGUCGCCGUGGCGGAUCUCUGUCGUCUUAUGGAUGACAUCGUAUCUCACGAGUUCGAGCAAAAAAGAGGACAUGUCUGUUCAGCAGUGGAGUGCUACAUGCAGCAGCACCAGGUAUUGAGAAUCGAGGCGGUUAAUGCACUGAAUCAGAUGAUCGAGGACGAUUGGAAGGUCAUAAACCGAGAGUGUUUGAUGAUAAACCGCCCCGAUUUCAUCUCUAGUCAUCUCGAUGUUUGUUGGGCUCGCGAGGGUGAUGGAGGUUCUCUACAAGGAUUACGACGGCUACACCUUCUCCGACACCACCACCCAUGAAAUGAUGACUGCUCUGCUCGUCACUCCCAUGGAACUAAGUUAGGUUGUACUCAGUACUGCUGAGAAAUUAUGGGAACUUGAUUGUGUAGCAACUAUGUUUGUGCUUUAUUUGCUCGUGAUGUUAAUCCUUUUUAUGGUCGCUCAAGAAUAAGGCUGCCCAUUGUAUCAACUCCAGCCAGCCAGCACUGUUGAUGCCCGUUUGUUGUAUGUUAUUGUUACCCGUAGGUGUGAAUGAUGAUUUGAUUUCUCUAUUUGAACUUGUGAUAUGUAUGUUUCUUGCUAUUAUACACAUUCUGAUUCUUCGAUCGGUUUUGGAGGUUUAUAUUACGCGAACUUGUUUCUUCCGCUCGCAAAAAGUGCACUACAAAUGAUUACCACAACUGAUAUUACGUAUUUUUCACUAAAUCACGGUCACAAUCAAGUCACUGAAAUAGUCGACAUGUUUUGCCAAUCAAUCUCCAAGUAAACUCUUGAUUGGAGUUCAACCCAAAUGAUUACCACAUGAUUGAUUCAGUGGAUGAAAGAUCAUAUUAAUUAUUCUCUUUAAGCAUAUCUUUCACCGCUCCUCUCCUCCACCACCAGCCUCGCCACCAAUCUAACUGCAUCAGCUUAAUUGAGUAAAAUUAGUUGAAAUAUGAAGUUUUAAAUUUAUUCAAGUAUCUGAGGGUGAAAAAUAUGAUAUAAUAUGUUUUCCAACCGAUUAACUGAACUAUAUAAUCAUUAAUCAGAAACUUUAUCUCUAAACUGGCUCGCUCUUGGCAAAAACAGAAGUUCCAAUCGAUCACAUUACAUGGAGAGGGAACAUAUGAUUCAUAUUAUCAUAUAUAUAUAUAUAUGCUCCAAAAUCGAGUUGAUAAACCAAUAAUUCGUAUCAAGAGAGCAAUUAAUUAACAAAGAUUGAUUAUUUAUGUACUCAUCAGUUUCCUCUUGCAUUGGCAUGAGAACAGUUUGCUGGUCUCUUGCGCACUUCUAGUUGGGGCGGCCCAUUGUAUUUUGUAUCAUUUCGAUGUUUGGUUGGUUCAAAGUUCUCGCUGGACUGCUUCAGGUUACGCCAAACUAACUAGUCCAUUGGGCCUCCCAGCCCAAAGUUAUUCUGGUCCAGAAACUUACCAGGAUUGACCCGUUCGUAAAAUAACUGCAGGUUUAAAACAUGUUUUUUUAUUUUUAUUUCUGCUAUUUUCCCCUGCCCAAGCCCAACGCUCGUGUGAUCCGCUGCGGGCUGUUUGGUUAAGAUUGCAAAUUUGCAAUCAAAAGCCCAAACUGCCAAGGCGGCCCAUUCUUAUUUCAACCAUCCUAUACGGACGAGGAGAAAGGAUGAUCACGAUCAGGACCCCAAAAGAUAGUAUGUAUCAAAUCUCCCCAAAUUGAUCCAAUGAGUUAGAUUUGAGGGGAAGAAAUGUUUAUGAAAUAU